ACGCUUUCUCCGGGAGCAGCUUGCUUCUCAGCCUAGCCCAGCUUCACCAUGGUGGACGCCUUCGUGGGCACCUGGAAACUAGUGGACAGCAAGAAUUUCGAUGACUACAUGAAGUCACUUGGUGUAGGCUUUGCUACGAGGCAAGUGGCCAGCAUGACCAAGCCCACUACAAUCAUCGAAAAGAAUGGGGACACCAUCAUCUUAAAAACACAGAGUACCUUCAAGAACACGGAGAUCAGUUUUCAGCUGGGGAAGGAGUUUGAUGAGACUACAGCAGAUGACAGGAAGGUCAAGUCCACUGUGACGCUGGAUGGAGGAAAACUUGUCCACGUGCAGAAGUGGGACGGGCAAGAGACUACACUUGUGCGGGAGCUAAAUGAUGGGAAACUCAUCUUGACACUCACCCAUGGCAGUGUAGUGUGCACUCGCACUUACGAAAAAGAGGCAUGAUGCACCAGCACUGUCACUGACUGUUCCUCUGUCAACUGGCCACCCCUGGACUCAGCACCACAUUGCCUCAUUUUUUUCCUCUGGCAUUUUGUAUAAACCUACUUUGAGGAAUUCUUCUGGGAUCAGGUGACACCAGCCUGGAUCCCCAGUUUCCAUUGUGUAUGUAUGUGUUUCUUUUUUUUUUUUUAACUGUAUCCAAUAUGCUCUGAAGUCAAUAAAGCAGAGCAGAGGCCAUGCA